AUGGCACCCGACGAACUCCAAGCUCUUGUCACCGGGCUCCACGGCAGUCUUCAAAAUGAGCAGCUCGACCAAGCUCUUGCGCUUCUUAGCCGUUCGAAACUAGCACUGCUACAGCUAAACGCCCUGAUUCCCACAUCCUCCACCCCCCCCAGACUUUUCUCUCUUGCCCGCGAAAUCCUGGAGCUAGGCGCCAUUACUUCAAUACGUCGAGGCGAUGCCCCAUCGUUCACCAGAUAUUACCAACAACUUCAGCCAUUUUACGACAUCGAGCGACAUAUUAUUGCGACGCAGGGAAAUACAUCACAGAUCAAUGUACACACCAGUCAGAGGAGCAAGAUCACCGGGCUUUAUUUGCUUUUGUUGUUGAGCAUGGGUAAUAAUACCGAUUUCCACACUGUGUUGGAAGGUCUAGUGGAAGAAGCCUCUAUUCAGGGUCGCAUAGUAGAAGAUGAUCCAUUCAUCAAAUACCCUGUUGAACUGGAGAGGAGUUUGAUGGAAGGAAGUUAUGAUAAGGUGUGGAGGGAAACCAAGCUGGAGAAUGUCCCAUCUCCGGAUUUUGGUUUGUUUUCUGAUAUCCUUAUUGGGACGAUUAGAAGUGAGAUUGCGGACUGCUCGGAGAAAGCGUAUCCGUCUUUGCCUAUUUCCAAUAUAAAGAACCUCCUAUUCUUCAACUCUGAAGGCGCCGUUAUAGAAUUUGCGAAAGAGCGAGGCUGGACUCUUAAAGAUGGAAGAGUAUAUUUCCCGACGCAAGAAGAGCAGACCGACGAGGAUGCCUCUCAAUCCGAAAAGCAAAUUCUCCUGACGGGAGGCAACGUCAUUGAGAAUGCGAUCGGCUACGCAAGACAAUUAGAGACAAUCGUCUGA